CCUACGUAUCUACUGUUUGUAUAUUUGUUUUUUGGCACUACCUACGUAGUACCUAGGCAAUAGCCAACGUGCAAUACCAGAACGCCCUAAGGCAGACACGGAUAAGGCUCUGUCUUUUCCUUGUGUUUACCCGCUAGCACUAUAUAUAUCUAGCUCUCAGUCAGCUUCACGCUCUCCAAGACUCUACGUACCCAAGGCUAUCUACCUACCUAUACUAUUUCGUUCCUAAAAGUCCAGAAUUGUUCAUAUCACAGUUAUAUAUCUCUAAAUCGAAUUAGGUUAAAGUUCUAUGGCUGAUAUCCGCAAGAAUGGAACAGACAAUGAUGCAACCGAUCAAAGUACUGGGAACAAGUUUCCAAUCCAAACGCAGCUCAUUGACAGUCGACAUAUCCGGGAUCCGACGCAUCUCGUGUUACUGUUGAAUGAUGAAUAUGGGAAUGGCAAUUAUGAAGUCGAGAUGCGACAUAAUUACUUCACCAUUCGCGCGCCCGGGAAACUUCAAUGGAGCCAGGUGUCUGCGAGAUGUCGUUAAAUAGGUGCAAAAUCACGCAAAUCGGAUGAUUGACCUUGGACGGGCGGUUGGGUGGAUAUUUCUUUCUCUCGAAUUCUUUACCUUGAUAUUAUCGGAAGUCUUGUCAUGGUUUUGAUAUGCUUUAGAUGGAUGGUUGCGAUUGAACCUGGAAAUAUGAUCUCGAAGAGCUACGCUCUGGUCACAAUCUAGGAAGCAAGUGGGCGACGUUACGACUUUACGAAUUAUCACGUUCCUUGAAACACGAGUACCAUGUGGGAAGAAAGAUUUAUCGAGGGGUCUCCUUGAAUAUUAAACAACAAAAUGAAAUAUGAAAAGAAAAAAUCUCGUCGAUGAUGUAGUACGAGGUUUGUGCUAUUAUCAACACUCAUUAAUAUUAUUAGACUUAUCAGAUAUAUUGAAUAGGUAGCAAUAGCCAAUAUACGGCCA